AACUGGCAAAAAGGCAUUAAAAUCCUGGGAAAAAAAAACACGAAAAAAAUUCUCUCUGCUCUCUCUCUCUCUCAUUGCGAGGAGAGGAGGGGAGGAAGGCGAGGAGGCGACUCCACUUCGCAGGCACCAACUGCUGCUGCUCGUCUCCAACUCCAGGACCAGAUCAAUAAGGGUCGGCUGGGAUGCCUGAGGCCGACCCAGCACCAGUAAUGGAGGAGACGGCUGUCGCAAAUGGAGGAGCAGCUGCUGAUGUUGCUGCUCCUGAUAAGAAGGAUGUGACCACUAAGGAAGUUGCUGCUGAGAGCAAGAAUGAUGUAGUAGCAGAUCAGAAUGAUGAAGAACAGGACAAAGGCUCGGAAAAUGGCACCAAGGGCCCUUCUGAUGGAGAUGUCAAGAUGGCAGAGGCUGAGGGUGCAAAGAAACACGAUGGUGAUGUGGUUACAGCAAAGCAGGUGGAUUCCAAAGGUGUCAAAAUGGAUGCAGAUGUAAAGGUAGAUAACAAUGCCGAGACAGCAGAAGGCGAGGAUGUCAAGAUGACUGAGGCUGAGGCUGGAAAUACGGAGGUCAAAGAUAAAGGACAGAAAGAAGAUAAAGAUGAGAACACGAAUGCGGAUAAGCAGGGUGAAUUGAAAGAGCAAGAAAAAGGUGGCUCAGCAGAUCUGGAGGAAAACAAAGGAAAAGAAACAGGUGCUGCUGAGAAACAAGAGGAAGAGGAAGCAAAAGAAAAGGGCUCUGCUGAAAAGAAAGAGGAAGACGCAGCUGACAAGAAGGUGGAAGAGAAUAAGGAGGAGACUCCUAAGAACAAGAAAGCAAGGAGUGCUAGGGAUAGAAGCCAGGGAAAGGAUAAGAAACAGGAUGGUUCCAAAUCCAGGGAAGCCAAAAGUUUACUAAGCACCCCAAACCCAUAUGCUACUGAUCGUCCUCAACGUGAGAGGAAAACAGUGGAGAGGUUGGUUGAGGUGAUUGAGAAGGAACCAAACAAGGACUUCGUAGUUGAGAAGGGUCGUGGGACUCCUUUGAAGGAUAUACCAAGUGUGGCACACAGAAUAUCAAGGAAGAAACCUGCUGAUCUUAAAUUUCUUCACAAUAUUCUCUUUGGGAGGAAAGGCAAGACUUUAGAUUUUAAAGGACAUAUACUCCAGUUCUCUGGAUUUGUUUGGCACGAGAGUGAUGAAAAGCAGAGAGCCAAGGCAAAGGAGAAGCUUGACAAAUGUGUGAAAGACAUGCUGUUGGACAUCUGUUGGCUCCUUGCUAUUCCAGUUCCAAAAGCAAACAUUAGAAAGGAAGAUAUUGUGUCGAAGCUCUUGGAUUUCAUUGCUGAACCUCACGGUGUGGCUGAUUCUGGGCUCUCUGAUGAUCAGGGAUCGAAUUCUAGAAAACGCAAGAGAGGAGGUGGAAGUACAAAUAAGACUCCUGAAAGCACGCCUAAUAAGUCUAGGAAGAAAUUUGGUGAUGACACCACUUCAGGUAAAAGGCAGAAGAAAGCUCUAAAGUAUGAUACUGAUGAAGACGAGGAUGAGGAUGAAUCCAUGAAAUCUGAUAGUGAGGAAAACAAAGAUGAAGCAGCUGAUGAACAGGAAGAUGACUAUGACUCUGGGAAAGAAAAGGCAAGUAAGAAGUCCUCAGAAGUAAAAGAAUCUUCAGGCAAAAAGAAGACAGACACAGGGAGUGGCAACAAGACAGGUCCUCCAAGGACAAUUAGCAAGAGUCCACUCAAAAAAUCAUCGUCCAAGAUUUCUAAGGAAGAGGAAAGCCCUGAGGACAGUACAAAGGUCUUUUCUAGGAAAAGGAAACCCACGCCAAAGGGUGAAAAGGAGACCAAAGAAAAAAAACCAUCAGGUAAAAAGGUGACAAAGGGUAAGGGGGGAUCAGCAGAAGCAGAUCUUCCCAGCAAGGAUGAACUGAGGAAGACCAUUACUGGAAUCCUCAAAAAAGUUGACUUCAACACGGCAACUUUCAGUGACAUUCUUAAGAAGCUUGACAACCACUACAAGAUGGAUUUGACUCCAAAGAAAGAGUCCAUCAAAGUUAUGAUCCAAGAUGAGCUAACCAAGUUAUCAGAGGAGGCAGAUGAGGAUGAAGAUGGCAAUGAAGAUGCCGGGAAGAAACAGCAGCAGCAUCAAGCGAAGGAGGUCGAGGCAUGAGGAUCUGUGCAACCCCAUAGCUGUAUUACCCACUGUUAAUUAGUACUUAUGCCUCUCUUUUGCCUGUAUAGGCAUCCUAUGUUUAUUAUCGCCGCCAACUCCAGAACCUUACCUUUGAUUAUGUAUGUUAAGGCAUGGUCUGUAGGCAGCCCCACACGGCCACACCUCUAGCUGACUGAUCGGAGGUACUCCUAGUCAACUUCUGUAAUUCUGUUUCUAGAUUUGCAAAUGUUUGGAACUCCGCGUCAGUUGUGGUAGAGCAUGCAAUGGAUAGUUUGCCAUAGGUUUGAAUAACACAUGGACGGACGUAUUAGGCUGUAAUUGUUUAGAUUGCUGUGAUUUUUUUUU